AUGCGUUUCUCCGCCGGUAUCAUCGCGGCGACUUUGUCCGCUGGCCUCGUCUCGGCCACUCCCGCCAUGUACAGGCGUCAGUACGUCAACGCUACCGUUGACGCUUCCGCUAAUAACGCCGACACCGUUGUCGUUGUCCCCGUCGCUGCUCAGGCUUCCCUCGCCUCGGUGAACACUACCGACGCCGCUCUUAACGCGACCGUUGCCAGCAACUCCUCCGCUGCCGAUGCUGGUGCUGCUGUGGCCGCUGCUGCGGCUGCCGCCUCUGACUUCGCGUCUGGCUCUUUCGCUUCUGUCUCCUCCACCAUGACUACCACCAUCACCAUCACCAUCGAUGAGUGGCCCGUCGAGACCUCCACCGCCGCUGCUGAUGUCGCUGCUGCUUCCGCUGCUGCACCGUCCUGGAUUGAGGCUACUGCCACCACCACCGAGACCGCUGUCUGCCACUCUGCCCCUACUGUCACCUACAACCAGAUCGUCACCGACCCUGCUCAGACCAUCACCGUCGCUACUACUGAGUACGCUGUCGCUUCUUCCGUUGUUGAUGGUACCACCUCUUACUACGUCCAGACCUCUGUUGCCGCUGCCGGUGUCGCUUACUCUGAUGUGAUCCGUGCUCGCAAGACCAUCACCAUCACCGAGUACGUUGACAACACCGCUGUCGCUACCAACACCGUCGAGGUCCAGAAUGUCUACGCCGUCUCUACCGGCACCCAGGAGGUCACCACCACCUUGGCUGUUCCCUCCCUUGCCACCCCCACCACCAUGGUUCUUGGUGCUUCUACUUACACCGUCUCCACCGCUACCACCAUCGUUUACGUUACCUCCACCGCAGCUGUCUCCACCGUUACCUCUACCAUCACUUCCACCGUCACCGCCUCUUCCACUGGCUCUGGCGCUGGCGCUGUCCUCCCCACUGGUCUCGGUGCUUCUAACGGCACUGCUACCGUUGCCCCCGCUUCCUCCGCUGCUUCCAACGCUACCGUUGCUGCUACCUCCGCCGUUGCUGCCAACGCUACCAUGGCCUCCAACAACUCUGCCUCCUCCGCCGAGGAGUUCUCCCUCGUUGUCCCUGAGCUCCAGCGUCUCUACGUUGCCGCCAACAACGGUCUCUUGGUUGCCUCCAACGACACUGACGCCCUUGUCUUCACCUUGAACGCCGACGGUGAGCUCGUUGCCACCUCCGGCGAUGUUGUCUAUUUCGCCGGUGAGGCUGGUGCUUUGAUGAUCGGCUCCACCGUGUCCGCCGUCGCCAAGCGUGAUGUUAUUACCACCAAGACCUACACCCCUGAGGGCAAGUACUUGACCCUUGCCGUCGAUGCCGUAGAGUACAUCUUCGGUACCGAGUUCGUCAGCGAGCUCCACUCUCUCUUUGCCGGAUCUUUCCUCCCCGGUCUCGAUGAGAUUGAGUUCGAGAUCGUUGCUCCCUUCUCUAAGGCUGCCAACGGUACCGCCUCUGCUACCUCCGCCAUUUCCUCCGCCUCUGCCGUCGUUGCUUCCACUGCCUCUGCUACUUCGGCCGCUACUGCUGGCCCCACCGCUGGCAGCGCCGCGAGCAGCGCUCCCGCCGCCACCUCUAUUGUUGCUCCCUUCGGCAACAGCACUAUCCCCGCCGUCCGCCGUCGCUGGUAAAGCGCUGACGGAGACCUAAAACUUCGACCUUUUUGUUUUUAUUUUUUUCGGCACACGCCUCCUAUCCCGAUAACUUUCGGAUGAUCAAUAGUUACGACAUCUAGGAUACUUUUGGAGUAAUAGUGAGGUGGACCACACACUCUCUUG